CUUCAAGAGUUGAUAGAUACACUCAAGUUAAUUACAUGAUUAUUUUUUUUUAUAAAAAGAAGUUAAUUACUCCAUGAUUGACAUACUUGACCGAUCAAUUUUGAACACUCAUUCAAUCCAUACUCGAUAAAUGUAUUGUACUUCUUAUGAUUGGUCAUUUUGAAAUUCGGACGCAUUCACAAAUUUAAUUACAUGUAUAAAUAAAACAAUUUGAAAUAUACGAAAUAAAUAUAUGAAUAAAUAAUUGAAAUUGGUGGAGAAUUAUAUAAACGUUAGGGUUCAAGUUAUAAUUAUCUUCCUAACGUGUAUGACUGCUCAUAGUCCUAACGUGUAUGACUGCGAGUAUAAAAUAAUAAAGUGUUUCGGAGAAAUGAAAGUGGCCUUAGUUAGGCAAGAGUUUGCUAAGAUUGGUGGGGAAUGGAAAGGAAGGACACCAAAGUGAGAGUAUGUUUGAGUUUUAUAAUAAUAAUAAAAGAAAAUUCCAUGUAAGUAGUAAAAAAUAAUAAAAAAACUUGAAAAAUUGAUUCUAGAAAAAGAAUACUAGUAUAAAGGAAAAAGACAUUGAAGAAAAUAUGAGAGAAAAGACCAAACAAACACAGAGAACUUAAAUGCCUAACCAAUGCUUUUUGUUUUUGGGUUCAAUUCAAGCCAACACAUGAAUACAUGAGAUUUACAAAAUCUCGACAACCAUAUAAUUGGUAUUACCAUUCUCGACGUGCCUGAAAUAUCCCGGCUACUAAUGAUUUGCACGCCUAAUAUAUAUAUAACUGAUGAACAAAUACUUUUGAAAAUUUGACAUCGUUUCUUGAAUUGAUGAUAUUGAGUUCCAAAAAUGGCAAACGAUUGAGCAAGAUUUUGUGAUACUUCCAAGUUUUUGAUAUAGUUCUGAUCAAGAGAUGCAUAAUUUGGUUCAAACUUUCUUUAUUUAUUUUUCAAAAGACAUACCACUCACCUUUUUUUUUUUGAACACCGACAUACCACUCACUAGAAUUGAAAAAAAAGGAACGAAAAUAUCAAAAGCAAUUUUUAUUUAAGCUUCUAUCAUAUUUUGUAAAUAAUACAUCCAACAUUUUUUGAAAACUAUACGAAACAAAAAUUCUCCGAUUUCCUAACUAAAACAAUUGGAGACAAUUAAAACUUAGUACUAGACUUGUGGUUGCUGCAUGCGACAAACAAACGUUAAGAAUAAAUAUAACUAGUCUCAGUUGAAUACGUACUGCUAAUAAUUAACAUUUUUGGAUGACCGGUUAAACUAUUACAGUAUAUAACUGGUUCACUCGUUAAUAUUUUGGUGAGCAUAUUCCUUAUAAAUACAUGCAUGCGCAAACCCCACAUCUCCACAUUCGAAACAACAUUUAAUCCAAAACCUCUCUCUUAUCUUUCGCGUCUCUUCUUGUUCUCGUCUCGUUCCAUAAAAUUUCAAAGACACAUACUAAUGGGAGGAAGCAUGUCACACAGUCUCUUCAGCUUCUUUAAAACACGAAGAUCUCAAAGAGUGGAAGUAGACGCCUCUUGGGAUGACGUCGUUUAUACUCGCAAAGCAAUGGCUAGUGAUGAAGACAAACGUUACUGGGUGGCUGAACCAGGUAUUGACCGCAAAGCGUCUGCCUUUAUUGCCAAGUUUCAUGCCACUCGUGUCUCUGCGUCCCAGCGCCAAUCUCUCUCUCCGUAGCAAUCCGAGAAGGCAUGAUGAUGAAGAAUUGAAGAUUAUGAUGAUCAAGGGCUAUUUUGAUUCUAUGAAAAUUGUUUUUUAUUUAUUUGAAAUGUUCUAUGAGAGUGUAUUGAUUGUCUUAGUUGUAAUUAAUAAUCGAUUUUUCUUUACAAUUUUCUUCGUCUAGCUUCUCAUUCUUUUUCCUUGUUGCUUUCAUAUCUAGCUAGUUAAAUAAUUUUGACUUAAAUCAUAUGGGAAUGUGUUUUGGUUGUGUCGGUUAAUAAACGAAUACAAAAUAACCAGAUUCGACUUUGUAUAGUUCUUGACUUCUUGUUUCUCGUAAAAUCAUAAUAAUAGUCAUGUAAGCAUAUAAAGAUGAACAGGAGAGAAUAAAGACUAUUAAAUUUACAUAAAAAACAAAGAUAGUUAACUUAAUGAGUAAUAAUUAAAGCUUUUUCUAUAGAAUCCAAACUUACCCACCAAGAUUUACCAUAUGAAAUGGAACAACAAGAUUUGAUGAAACCCAAAACAUCCAUUUUUAGGAUGUAUAGCUUCUUAUGAAUCUCACAGACUCACACAGACUAUAAAUUCUAACAUAACCUUAUAGAUACGUAAUUUAGAUCAAUGUAGAAAGCCAUGAAUUUUGACAUUUUAAUAACUAAAUCUUGUUUACCAGAAUGAGUAUUUAUUGAUUGUAUUCAUUUAAGAUAAAAUAACCAAAAAAACAUAGGUUUGAAGCCAGCUGUAGAAUCAAGAACUUUAUAUGAUUGCUAUUAUUUGCAUGGACGGGAGGUUUCUGCUUGGGUCUUCCGCUCACAUAAUGCUCCAGUUUUUUUUGUACAAAAGGUACAUCUUAAGAGUACUUUGAUUCCUCUUCUUGUCUUUUGCUUCGCUUUGAGCCUUUUCUUGGUUCAUACUCUCUUUACUUUUACUGCCAACUAUCAACCAAAAUAUUCCCUUUAAUUUUAUUAAAUGGUUGCAAGUCUAGUGAUCUCGUAGUGGUGCCUAUGUAACUCAUGAUUUGUGAGUGUAUCAGUCUUCAGGAUUCGAUCACCACAAAAGCAAAACAUCACUCACAAUACAAAGAAGAAUAAGAAGUAACACCGCAGCUUGACACUUGCUUGACGCAUGAACAUUUGGAUGCUUAUAUUCAUACGUAUGUAAUUUUGGUUAAUAAUUCUCACACAUGAAAAGGGCAUUGAGUAUAAUGUGGAAUCUCUGGAAGACUCGUUAAUGGCAACUACUCAUCGGUCUCUAUUGGUUGGACUAAUUUGAGAUCAAUGCAUACCAUCUAUUUGCACCCAACAUGCACUCCACUCUUCUAUUUGUUCAACACAAUUACCGAUUCGCACCCCCAAUAAAAUUACAAGGAACAAAAACAAAAUAAAACAUAUAUAAACUGAUAAUUCCAUUGUAAAAAAAAACCACACGGGUAGAUUGUAAAACAAAUUCUUCAAGGUUUAAUUUUACAUAUACUAGCAUUUUGAUUUUCAAAUGUUAACUAUAUAACUAUUCGACUGAACGUUAUAUUCUGAAUUGUAUGUUUAGAUGCAUACAUGAUCACAUUGUAUUUAUGUUUGCGUAACAGAUUUUUUUCAUAUUUGUAUGUUAAAAUUAUUGUAACAUUGAUGUUAGCAUUUUUUGCGAUGUUUGAAUUUUGUUGUUGUUCGUGUACUUAACCUAAGUGAUAUUGGUGCUU